AUGACUGCUUGGACAAUGUUCAGUUGGAGGAGAUUGUACAACGGUAGAGGGAUGGAGAGCGCGGAAGAUUCGAGAGUGGAACUGCCAGCUGACACAAGACAACUUGUUUACAAUGUUUACGUGUACUUCAAUCGGCGGCCAGGAAGAACCGCAAGGACGUCAAUAACAAAGACGGCGAGGGCGACAAUGCUACCUCGUGACAUCGUAGCGGAUAUAAUACGGGACAAAUAUCAAGAGCAAUUAUAA